AUGAAUUACCUCUCAUCAAAGGUUUCAACCACUCUGUUGUGGGUGUGCAUGGCCUUCAUCUUCUUCUUCGGCAGCUCUUUGGGGAAUCCAACGAACAGAUCUUCGGGUCUGCUAUCCCACCACUUAGCCAAGAGAUCCUUUUUCGACAUUCAAUGCAAGGGAGUUUAUGACAAGAGUAUAUUCGCUAGGUUAGAUCGCAUAUGCGAAGACUGCUACAAUCUCUUCAGAGAACCCCAAGUACAUUCCCUAUGCAGGAAAAACUGUUUCACGACAGACUACUUCAAGGGUUGCCUUGACACACUUCAACUCUCAGAUGAAUUGCAACAAAUUCAAACAUGGAUAAAACAGUUACACGGGGCAGAUCCAGGGGUUUAGGAAUCGCUGCUUUUCUACUCGAAUCUUCAAAGGGUGUGUCGACUCAUUACUGCUUUCAGAAGAGCUGCCCAAAUUUUCAAAAAUGAUUGAAUAUUUGGGAAAAUGAAUGGUUCGAUGCUCCGAGGUCCUAUAUAAUUCUAGUCCAUAUUUAAUUGUCUUAAGGCAAUUGAUGUAUUAUAAGUAAAACAUUUUGACAGAAUCUUUCAUCGAUUUACUUCCUUGGUUUUUUAAGACUAUUCAGAGAACUCUACACAUAAACCGACUUUGAAGUUCUGGAGUCUCCGAAGAUACGACUUAAAAUGAGAAAAUCGAAGUUUCCACUGUGUCAAAACAGAAAGAAAGAAUUUUGUGAAAUUAUCACAGUUGGAAAAGUUUUGUGGAGAUCAAAACAUCACACGUUUCAGAGUAUUAUUUAUGGAAAUUUUUCGUAAUCGAAAUACACAUUUAUAUUUAUUUUCAUUAAAUAUUUAAUGAUGAAUUGCUUCAUCGGCUGGCUAAAGUAUUUCAUCAUUGAUCACCUUUUUCUAUUUAAUUCAUGAAUCAUUUUAAUUAAGCUGAUUUAUAUGUAUAAAAUUUAUUUAUUGAUAUUGUUAGAUAAUUUAUCAGUAAGAAAUUUUUUUUUUGAAAAAUUAUAUUCCCAAUUCCUCAUAUAUUUUUCUGUAUCAUUUUUUGUUUUAGAAAACAAAACUAUAAUGAUUUUUCUUUAAUUAAAAUUUGCCAAGUACUUUGUAUAAUGAUUGAAUAUUAUUUAUGUAAUGAGUUCCCAAAUUGUAAUCAACAUAAUGGAAUAUAGUUUUUUGAAAGCAAAUUGCCUCUUUUCACAUUCCGAUAUCAGUAUUGCAGAAGUUGUCAAUCAAGUUUCAAGCAGGUGCCAACAACUUUGAAGGAUUCAAUAUUAUAAUCAAUUAAAUAAAUGUCUAUAUGUGCAAUUCACUAUCUGUAGCGAAAAAUAUAUUUAUUGAAUUGUUAAAUUAAAUACAACUGGCGUUGUAUUUAAAAAGUAUUUUUUUAUUGUUAUGGCAGCUUCAAAGAUAGAUAUAAAUAUAAAUAUUUUGAAAUC